UGUUUCUAUGCAGUGUCCUUCAGGCAUACAAUCACUGCAUGAUUUAGAGGGGGAAGCGCAUGCUAGCCAGAGGGAGGAUGGGGGUUGUGGUAAACUAGCUUGUUAUAUAUCCUGUUGGGAGGGGUGGCGGGUGAAUUGGUGAUAGGAUAGCCCCAUGGUUGUGUCAGAAAUUCACCUGCCUGCUUGUCCAUCUUCCCUGAGCCUCUUCCACAGCCCGAGCAGCAUCCCCCAGCAGCUCCUUGGUUUUUAAAUUGAUCUGCCAGAGAGAAACGUUUCCCUCGUGUGGAACUGGCACUGAGUUUACCCUUGCCUGAGGCCUACGCUCAUGCCUGGGCCAGCUGCAGGCUUCCAAGCUGUGAUGCUGCCCUGGGUGGAACCUGUUAUGGCCUGGCAGCUCGAGCUGUGCAGGGCUGAGGAACUGGAGGCUGCUGGCAGGGGAGGUGCAUGUUCUUGCUCUCGGUAGCAGCAGUUGUUUGUAUUAUGGUAGCACGUAGAGGCUGGAACCCCAUGCUGGAUGCUGCACAGGAUCAUAACUGGAGACAGUCCCUGCCUCAAAGAGCUCGCAAGACAAAGGGUCGGAGGGAAAAUGGGGGAAGUCACUUGGCUGGGGUUGCCCAGUAGGUCUGGGGAACAAAGCCCAGCAUUCCUGAGUCCCAGCCUGGUGCCCUGGCCAUGGGCCCCCCCAGCCCCAUAUGCUGGCUUUGAGACCGGACUGUGGGGUUAAUGGCGCAGAGGGGGCUGGCCUCAUCCAUUCUUGCAACAUCAAGUGCGAAGGUCAGGCUCCCCGCACAAGGGUACGAACGCUGACGUCAAAGGAAGCAGCUGGUGAUUCACUAGCUCUUCUGGUCCUUUGUCUCUCUGGCUGUAACUCAUCUGGGAAAUGUCAUACCAUCCUUGAGUGUUAUCGUUCCACUGUCAGUUUGCCCACCCUGCUGGGAGAUAAUCCAGCCUCUGAAGGAGAUAUUGGCCCUGCCAAUACAGGCUUUUUGAAAACCUCAGUGUAGGGGGACUUCCCCUUCCCUUGGAUGACUGCAUCUGUACUGCACUGCAGAGCAGUGCCUAUGGGGAGACCUGGGCUUUGUCCCCUGCUAUAUUCAGAGAUUCCCAGGCCAGAAGAGAAUCUGGGGGGGGAGGGAUAGCUCAGUGGUUUGAGCAUUGGCCUGCUAAACCCAGGGCUGUGAGUUCAAUCCUUGAGGGGGGGGCCAGUUAGGGAUCUGGGGCAAAAACUGGGGAUUGGCCCUGCUUUGAGCAGGGGGUUGGACUAGAUGACCUCCUGAGGUCCCUUCCAACCCUGAUAUUCUAGGAUUCUAUGACUGCUGUGAUCAGCUAGUCAGGCCUCCAGUGUAACAGAGGCUGGAAACCCUCCCGAAAAUCAUCCUUAGAGCAGAUCUCUGUGGCCAGUGAUGGAGAAUCCACCACGCCCCUCGGCAAAUUGUUCCUGUGGUUAAUCACCCUCAGUGAUUCAUCUCCCAGCCAUUGGAUUGUUGAGCACGUCCCCCUGUAUGCCUCAGUUUCCCCCACUGUAAAAUGGGAUGAUGGUACUGACCUCUUCGAGCUCUAUGGAUGGAGGGGCAUAUAAAAGCCAAGUGCUACUGCUGUUCAUUAAGGUUGCUUCGGUUAGUACAUGCGGUCCUGCUUUGAGCAGGAGGUUGGAUUAGAUGACCUCCUGAGGUCCCUUCCACCCCUGAUAUUCUAUGAUUCUAUGUCCUGCAGGGUUCGAAUCCUGCACCGUGCCCUGGGGAGAGGAUGAGCCAGUCAGCCUUCUCCGUCUCGAGGGGCAGAUGUGCUGGGAGAACGCCCAAAGCCAAUGGUUCUGUUCAUUCCCAGGAGACUCUGGGGGCAGCUGAGUUCAGAAGCCCACUCAAGGCACUGGGGGGUGUGGGGCUUCUGAGGGUGCAGGUAUAUACAUAAUGGGUCGGCCCCGUGCUCAGAGAUGCCAGUGUAGCACCACGCCAUGAUUCCAGCCUACUUUCCCCCAUCCUCGCUCAAACAGGGUGGGACUGCUGCCACCCCCUCCCCCCGCAGCGGCAUCUUUCCUCAGCCAGGUCUGCUCCCGUCGCUGGGAGGCUCUGCUAACUCUCCAGGGGCUGGAUCCUCUCACGCCCAGCGUCCAAACUGAAUCCGCAGGGAGCUGCACUGACAGACCAGCCCUCAUCAUGGGAUAUGCCCCUUGUGCACACGGCUGGCUCGGGUACGAGCAGCACACAGGGUCUCUGUUUUGCUAAUGCUCUGCCCAAGGCUAGUGACUCCACUGGCUUUCUAAGGCUGCUUCUCCCCCCCAGCACCUUCUUUAAAAAUCAUGUUUUCAAAGUUAAAGGACACUUCCACCAGCCCUGCCUGUUACAACUAGAUCUGUGUUUCCAAAUCCAUGCAACUCGUUCCUUAGGGCACCGGUGCUCCAUUCAGUUACCCUGGCCUGGCACUCCCGAGCCCCUCUACAAUAGCCAGACAGUGCCUGUGAGCUACUCGCCAAACGGUGAGCUACUCUUCACCUGUGCUAGGUGAAGGCAGGUUCCGUUGCCAACCCCCUGAGCCAUCCAGUGCCCUUCCCUGUGACCCCCCCACACCCACUGAUCCAGGGUUACGGAGCAGCUCACGCCAUGUAUGACAGUCUCUGGGUCCUAGCUGGCCAAUCAUGGGGGAGAAAAACAACCCUGCUUGGGGCGAACUGCAGUGUCUAAGUCGUGGUGACCAUGUCUAACUAUCACUGCACUGUUUGGUCCCUCCCUGGGAGACGGCCGCUCUCACGGUGUGCUGGACACCUGCAUUCGGGUGGCGCCAGGCUAUCGGUACUCAUAGUUCAGCAGGAACUCCAAGCACUGGCCUGCUGGCGGCCUUUGCUUUGGGACUAGGUCCAGCUAACUGUGCUCAGCCGUCGCUCUGGAGAGAGAACGUCUGGUUGGCUGCAGAGAGUUAACGUAGCCAAGGGAGGAUAUGUCUGUUCCCUUAAUCAGCUUUGCCUCUUGUAACGCUGCCCACAUGACAGAUGCAUGAGAAGGGUUUGGCCUUGGCCCCCCGCAGGCCUGGGUAAGUGAUGUCUUUUCUUAUCUCUCUGCUGACUAACCAGCAUCCUUCAGCGGGAGUAUUUAAGGCUGCGAGUGAGGAGAGCUGCAGCAGAGAAGCGCUAGUCCAGCAGAGGCAGCCCUGGAGACACUGACGCUGGACGCCUGAGCUGCAACCAGAAAAGAAAAAUGCUGCCAGCAACUUUCAAACUGUGUGCCGGGAUCUCCUAUAGGCAUCUGCGCAACAUGACCGGCUUGAGGAGGCAGGCUGCUGUUGCCAUCAGCCAGGAACUGAAUAAACUCGCCUUUGCUGGCCCUGGUCCCAGUAAAUGGAUCAACCAAGUUCGCAGGAGGAGCUCCUUACUUAGCUCCAGGUUGGAGGAGAAGCCGUUCAGUGAAGUGGAGAUGUCCUACAUUAAACAGGGAGAGGAAGCCCUUCAGAAAUCGCUCAGCAUCCUCGGGGAACAGGAUGGCUGGAAAACUGAGACCAUAGCGGGGAAUGGGGACAAAGUGCUGAGCAAGAUGCUCCCAGACGUUGGGAAGGUAUUUCGGCUAGAGGUGGUUGUGGACCAGCCCUUGAACUCUGUGUAUGAUGAGUUGGUGGAAAGAAUGGAGCAGAUGGGAGACUGGAAUCCAAGCAUCAAGGAAAUCAAGAUUCUCCAGAAGAUUGGGAAAGAUACUGUGAUAACCCAUGAGACUGCUGCGGCCACGCCUGGCAAUGUGGUGGGACCACGGGACUUCGUCAGCGUGCGGUGUUCUAGAAGACGUGGCUCAACGUGUGUCCUGGCAGGGAUGGCCACAAACUAUGGAGCGAUGCCAGAACAGAAGGGAUUUAUAAGAGCUGAGAACGGUCCCACCUGUAUGGUUCUCCAUCCACUGCCUGAAAAUCCUUCACAGACCAAGUUAACCUGGCUACUCAGCAUUGACCUAAAGGGCUGGCUGCCUAAGACAAUAAUCAACCAAGUCCUUUCCCAGACCCAGGUGGACUUUGCCAACCACCUGCGCAAGCGCUUGGCUACUCCAACUGCUGUCAGCUGCUGAACCCUCAAGAACUAUUAACCUUCAGCAACAGCCAGAAGCCUACCUGAUGCUUAGAUUUCGCCUCAGAGGUGAUUAUCCUGUGUAGUGUUACCUGAGACAUGCUUUGGGGCUUUUCUGGGGUAAAUGAAUGGGUUCAGGUUUCUAAUGCUGCAUUGAGUUUGCUGGGCUCCCUUCUUAGCUGAACAUAUCAGACUUGGUGGUGUAGGCAGCCACUUCAAAAUCCCCCAGAAGGUGUGUUUGACUGAAAAGGCUACUGCUCCGUGCUCUGCAACAGCUUGUGAUAGUUUCACAGCGAAACUACUUCUGAUCAAACAGGGGCUGGAUGUCAAGGCACCCAGUAGAACACUCAGCGAGAGCUCCAGGUUAACCCUUGCUGUACAGGAACACACUCUUUAGCUUUAAGAUCAGAAGUGAGUUAUAGGGUUAAUACAUAACUCAAGGCAUCUUGCAAUAUCCAAAAAAUCAAUCCCUGUGCAGAUCCUAUUACUGAAUUGUUAGUGCAAUUUGCCAAUUUAUACCAAGCUAGCUUUGUUUAAUUUAAAUGUGCCAAUGUAAGUUACUUUGCUGCUCUUUUCUGUCAGCGAACUCUAAGCAGCCCUGGUCUGUUGGGUACAAAUUUAGCAUGUACUUACACAGCCCCCUCUGAAAGUGGGCAGGAAUAACUUGUCUUAGUUUUGAAUAGGCUGGAUAGUGUCUGAUUUCUCAUAAGACAUUUUAUACAGUUAACAUCGUAGGACAGUGCAUCUUUGUAAGCUUACACUUUUACCUAAGAACCCAAUACACCAGCAUUCGUUUUGCACUCAGUGGAAUUCAGCUGUAGGAAGUUAAUUUAUAAAGCCAGUUUGCAGGUAUUUAUUUUUCAUGCAUAAUGGACUAUUUAAUAUUUAUUCUCAGUGACCAUGGAGCUCUAAGCAAGUUUAUUUUAGGGGGUGGGGGUUCCUUAUCCAGUAGGGAAAUCUUAAGCAAUGCUUGACUUCCCUAGAACCAACCAGUUCCUGUACCCUGCUGAGAUAAGACUGUUGCUAUGCAGAACUCUGCAAAUAUUUCAGUGUAAUUCUGUAGUAGCCUAAUGUACUGACUCAGUUUGAUGUAAGAUGUAUAGAUGCUGAAAAAGAUUAAAAUUCUUGCCUGGCUCUCUUUAAUCCAGACCACAGAGUGCCAAUGUAACAACUUCA